UGCCAGGGCCAGCGCUGACGCUGGCGGAAGUGUCAGGGCUGGGGGUAAUGGCGGCGGUGGUGACGGCGGGUGGUGUGAGUGCUGUCGGCUUACCGGCGCAGGACGAGUUGGUCCGCUCGGUUACCCUGUACCGCCGCCGGCCCCACAUCCUGCGAGGCACGGUGCUGCCAUUCGCCGUCCUCUACCCGGCCUGGCUGUACGCAUGGGUGUCCGUGUACGGGGUGUCCGAGUACCCGGAGGCCGGGCUCCUGGCCCUGGCGGCGCUCGGAGUCGUGCACGCGCUCACCGUUCUCUCCGGCCUGUGGUCCGUGCACGCGCACUGCGCCCUUGCGUGCACGAAGCACCCAAACACAAAAACUGCCACCUUAGCCAAAGUUGUACCCACUCCAAACAAUGGUUCUGCUGAGUUAGUGCCACUGCUUCGAGAAAAGCAAGAAGAUGGUCCGGAGAUCCUGUUCUUUGAAUUCCAGAAGAUAAAGUAUUCGUACGACGCAGAGGAAAAAAAGGCAUUCCUUCCUGUUGUAUUUCCAGUAGAGCGACGCCUUUCUUAUUACCAGAGUGCCAAGGGAUAUCUAGAGGAGGCAGAUAUUAAAGCUGCUGAGAAAAAAUAUGGAACAAAUAAGGCGGAAAUGGUGGUACCUGAUUUCUUACAUCUGUUUAAGGAGAGAGCCAUUGCACCAUUCUUUGUUUUCCAGGUGUUUUGUGUGGGGCUAUGGUGCUUGGAUGAGUACUGGUAUUACAGUGUAUUCACCUUGUUCAUGCUGGUAGCAUUUGAAGCCUCUUUAGUCCAGCAGCAGAUGAGGAACCUGUCUGAGAUCAGAAAGAUGGGGAACAAGCCGCACAUGAUCCAGGUUUACAGGAAUCGAAAGUGGAGGCCCAUCUCGAGUGAUGAAAUAAUCCCAGGCGAUAUCGUAUCCAUAGGACGAUCCGUUCAUGAGAAUCUGGUUCCAUGUGACGUUCUCCUGCUUCGUGGUCGCUGUAUAGUGGAUGAAGCUAUGCUUACCGGAGAGUCAGUUCCUCAGAUGAAGGAGCCUGUUGAGGAUUUGGACCCAGAACAUGUGUUGGAUAUGAAUUUAGAUUCCAAACUGCAUGUCAUCUUUGGUGGUACUAAGGUGGUACAGCACACUCCCCCUCAGAAGGCAACAAGUGGCCUUAAACCUCUUGAUAAUGGAUGUGUGGCCUAUGUCUUAAGAACUGGAUUUAAUACCUCCCAGGGUAAACUUCUCCGUACAAUUCUCUUUGGGGUGAAGCGAGUGACUGCCAAUAAUUUGGAAACUUUUAUCUUCAUUUUGUUUCUCUUGGUGUUUGCCAUUGCCGCUGCUGCAUAUGUGUGGAUUGAAGGUACCAAAGAUCUAAGCCGGAACCGUUACAAGCUAUUCUUGGAAUGCACACUAAUCUUGACCUCUGUUGUCCCCCCUGAACUUCCAAUUGAACUUUCAUUGGCUGUAAACACAUCCCUGAUUGCGUUGGCAAAACUCUAUGUUUACUGCACUGAGCCAUUCCGUAUUCCCUUUGCUGGGAAGGUAGAGAUCUGCUGCUUUGAUAAGACUGGCACCUUAACCAGUGAUAGCCUGGUGGUACGUGGUGUAGCUGGGCUUAAAGAUGGAAAAGACAUUACGCCUAUCUCCGAGAUACCGAUCGAUACCCACAGGGUGGUGGCCACAUGUCACUCUUUAGUACAGUUGGAUGAUGGUACACUGGUGGGAGAUCCUUUGGAGAAGGCAAUGCUUACUGCUGUGGACUGGGCUUUGACCAAAGAUGAGAAAGUAUUCCCUCGAAGUAUUAAAACUCAGGGCCUGAAAAUCCACCAGCGUUUCCAUUUUGCCAGUUCUCUUAAGCGAAUGUCAGUACUGGCUUCCUACGAACGGCCUGGCUCCACCGAUCUGUGCUGUGUGGCUACGGUGAAAGGGGCCCCUGAAACAUUACAAACUAUGUUUUCCCAGUGUCCAGAAUACUAUAACAGAGUACACACAGAAAUCUCUCGGGAAGGAGCGAGGGUUCUUGCUUUAGGAUACAAAGAACUUGGACACCUUUCCCAUCAACAGAUCCGUGAAGUUAAACGGGAAACUCUUGAAUGUGAUCUGAGAUUUGCAGGAUUCAUUGUAGUUUCAUGCCCACUGAAAGCUGACUCCAAAGCUGUCAUCCGGGAGAUUCAAAAAGCAUCCCACCAUGUGGUGAUGAUAACUGGAGACAAUCCCCUCACUGCCUGCCAUGUGGCCCAAGAACUCAGUUUCAUUGAGAAGCAAGAUACAUUGAUACUUCAGCCCCCACAGGAAAACCAAGACUCUUGUUGGAUGUGGAAAUCCAUUGAUGACACCAUCUCUCUGCCUGCAUUCCCUGAUUCUCCUAAAAUGUUUACUGCCAACUACUACUUGUGCCUGACGGGAGAGGGCUUGUCUUACUUACAAGUGGUCAGACCUGACCUUCUGUCUGCACUCAUACCUCACGUCCAAGUGUUUGCUAGAGUAGCACCUAAGCAAAAGGAGUUUGUUAUUACAAGUUUAAAAGAGCUUGGCUAUACUACACUAAUGUGCGGAGAUGGAACGAAUGAUGUGGGUGCUUUAAAGCAUGCAAAUGUUGGGGUUGCACUUCUUGCCAAUGCACCAGAACGUUUGCCAGAGAAGAAAAGGAAGCCACGAGAAGGGACAAGUGAUGGCCGGCCCACAGGACCAACUUUUACCAGCAACUCCAUCAAACCCACUUCUAGAGCUGCAAAAAAUAGAAUCAUGUCUCAACGAGAAGAGCAACAGGCAUUGCAGAGAGAGAAGAUCAGCCAGGUCCUCAAGGAUUUGGAAGAAGAUCAGGUGCAAGUAGUGAAGUUGGGAGAUGCAAGCAUAGCUGCUCCUUUUACUUCAAAGUUAUCAUCCAUCCAGUGCAUUUGCCACGUCAUCAAACAAGGCCGUUGCACUUUGGUAACAACCCUGCAGAUGUUUAAAAUAUUGGCACUAAAUGCCCUAAUCUUAGCCUAUGGUCAGAGUGUCCUAUACCUCGAGGGUGUAAAAUUUAGUGACUUUCAAGCAACACUGCAAGGACUUCUCUUAGCUGGCUGCUUUCUCUUCAUUUCACGGUCUAAGCCUUUGAAAUACCUCUCCAAAGAACGCCCUCUGCCAAACAUCUUCAACCUAUACACAGUACUAACUGUGCUUUUACAGUUUCUCGUCCACUUCUGCAGUCUCAUAUACUUGUACCAAGGGGCUUUAGAACGAACUGAAGAAAAGAAAGAAGAGUUUGUGGACUUGUAUAAAGCGUUUGAGCCAAGUCUUGUCAACAGCACAGUGUACAUAAUGUCCAUGGCGAUGCAAAUGGCUACAUUUGCCAUCAAUUACAAGGGCCAUCCUUUCAUGGAAAGUCUACGAGAGAACAAACCUUUGCUGUAUAGUAUUAUCCUCUCUGGUAUGGCUAUAAUGGGACUCUUGUCAGGCUCAUCUCCUGAAUUCAAUGAACAGUUCGGUCUGGUGGACAUCCCUAUGGAGUUUAAGUUGGUUAUUGUCAAAGUUCUGUUGUUGGACUUCUGCUUGGCCUGGGUGGUGGAUCGGAUUCUUCAAUACUUUUUGGGGAGUUCCAAACUGAAAGUGCCUUCUUGAAGCUUUACUGAGGACACGAACUGCCCACGCUGUUGAGCCAUCUAAAGGCUAAUGCCCAUCUAUCCUGGGUUUCAUACGGCCGCAUCCAUCCUCUGGGAGGAAAGAUGGGAUGGGGCACCGCAAGGAGAAAUGAAUGAAGAAUCAUCUCAACACUUGAAUCUUUCAAGUGCGAGUUUGGGACAUAAGAAACUGAAUCCUAACUUUUUUUUUUUCCUACUUGAAUUUGCGUUUGGAAAGCGCCAAAUUUCGUUAAAUAAACAGGAUUGAUGAAUUUUAAA